AUGUCACAAAGGAAAUUAUAUCAAGAAAUUGAUAAGUUAUUGAAAAAAGUCAAGGAUGGUCUCUCGGAUUUUGAUUCUAUAUAUGAAAAUUUUCAAGAAACGGAAACAUCCCAACAAUCUUAUAGAGAAAAGUUAGAAGGUGAUUUAAAAAGAGAAAUUAAAAAACUACAAAAACAUAGAGACCAAAUUAAAACAUGGUUAAGUAAAGAAGAUGUUAAGGAAAGGAAUGAUGUGUUAGUAGAAAAUAGGAGAUUAAUAGAAAUUAGAAUGGAAGAGUUCAAAGCCGUUGAGAAACUAAUGAAGACAAAACAAUUUUCUACAGAAGCCUUGUCAAAUCCUGACAUUAUUCAACAUCCACGUGAAAUUUUAAAAAGGGAACAAAUGAAGUUUAUUGAGGAUUCUAUUGAUGAGCUAAAAAAACAAUUGGAAAGCUAUGAGGCUCAAAAACUUACACAUAAGUGCAAAAGAAAUACUUUCCACAUAGCUAAUUUAGAAAAUAUUUUAAAACUAGUCACAAGUAAUGACAUGGAACCAGAAAAGAUACAAGAGUUUCAUGACGAUAUUGAAUAUUAUGUUGAGAACAACGAGGAUCCUGAUUUUGUUGAAUAUGACACCUUGUAUGAGGAUAUGGGUAGCGAAGUUAACCCAGACGAUAUGAAUGACACCAAUGUUGUUCAAUCGCCUAAAAAAGGCAAAUCCAAAAAAACUAAAUCUACUAAAUCAAAUGUCACAGGAACAUCUUCUAAACAGCCUAUAACUUCUUCAGUUGACAUUAGUACCAAAGAAGAAGAGGAUGAUGAGGAAGAAGAAGAAGAAGAAGGAGAGGAAGAAGAAAAAGAAGAAGAAAAAGAAGAAGAAAAAAAAAAAAAGAGGAAAAAGCAAUAA